AAGAUAGCAUCAAUUCAGAUGCCCUUUUUUUCAAAACUGUCUUCAGACACAUCACAAUUUCAUGCUUCAAAUCCGUUAUCAUUGGAAAUCAGUGUGAUGAGGACCCCUACAUUUUGAAGCGUAGAGCCAACUUAGAUUUGGUGGAGCUCCCCAACGGGGUUCGAACCCGCCGAAAAGGCCUGAACCUUCAAAAAUCACAAGCUUUCAAGUAUCAGCCUCCAAGUAGUGCCAAUUAUGGUCAUGUGCUCGGAGGGGGUACGCGAUACGGGUCUUUUCCAAGAUUGUUUAGUGAUUCAAGAUCCAGUCUUAACUUGGAGUCCAAUUUCGAUCCGGUCCUCGAGAGCCAAGAGGACGAUUUCUACAACAGUUUCGAGAAGGAAGAGUCUUGUCGUACAAGCGAGGACUUGUACUCUAGCAUUGGUGGCCUUUCCGCGGGGCCUCAAAAAUCGCGCAACACCGACGGAUCAUUAUGUGAUCGAUCCAAUGAGGAGGCCUCUCCUCUCACGGACAAUCCCGUUAUUCUCUCCUCCAAAAACACUCAAACAGAAAACGAGGAAAUUAUUGCAAGAGAGAUCUGCCAAGGCCAUCGGGUUAAUGGAAAACCGAAUGGAAAGAAGUCAUCCUCGACCACGUUGAUGGGCAAGCAGGAUUCGGUGACCAACGACAGGAACUCCACGAGCCGUCGAAGCAAGCCAAUAAUUUUUCUUCAGGUUGCCAAUCGGCUCUUGGGAGUAGUGGUCAUGAUAGUCUUGGCAUAUCACUGGGCAGGCUACUUGGCACAGCUACACGACAACCAGUUUUGGUUCGUAAACAUUAAAGAAGUGAAGCGAGAGAUAUCCUUCCGCACAGAACAAGGCCUUUAUUAUUCGUAUUACAAACAGCUGGUUCAUGCUCAUUCAUUGGAUCAAGGCAUGUCUGAACUUCGCUCCGAUACGAUCACGGAACACGGUCGAACCAUCAACAUUUUUCAUCGCUUCAACAUUCACCAGGAGCUCUUUUUGGCGGCCUUAUAUCGGGUGAUCAACUUUGGGCUCCGACCCAUUUUCUUCUACAUCUACUCAGUGUUCUCGCUUCAAGGCAUGUUCUUGUGCGCCAUGUAUCUGAUAACGUGGAACUUGAGUGGAACAUGGCUCUCAGGCGUUCUUAUGACGGCCUUUCUUAUCUGUCACAGAAUGAACGUGACGCGAGUAGAGUUCACAAUUCCUCUUCGGGAACAUUUCUCUCUGCCUUUCAUAUUUUCUCAGUUCUUCGCCAUUGGACUGUAUUUCGAUGCCAAAGGACGGAAGUACGAGAAACUGCAUUUGAUGGCUAUCUACCUACUGACCUUCUUGCUAACCGUCACGUGGCAAUUUGCUCAAUUUGUUCUGCUCCUUCAAGGCUUGGUGUUGUUUGCUUUUGCUCUUCUGGGAAUCUUGGAAAACAACAAGGUCUCCAAGAUCUUGGCAACCAUUUUAGGUGCCAUCGUGACCGUGUGGUAUCUGCAGUUCUAUCAGCCAAUGGUUCUCAACUCCCUUGUGGUGAGUUUGAUCCCUGUGGCUAUCGUGAUCCUUCAAAGUUACAACGAAGGUCGUGUUCGACGACCCGGAAUAUGGAACAACCUUCAGUGGUCCAUUGUCAAAAUUGGUCUUGGGAUAAUUUCAACCAUCGUCAUAAACACACUUUUGAAAGUUCUAUCUGGUCAAGACGCGGACAAUCACAUUUUUCGCUUUGUUCAAUCCAAGUUCGGCUUUGUGGAUCAAACGGAUUUUGAGACUCGCCUUUAUUUGUGCCUACCCAUUUUCCAGCCACUCCCAUGGCAAUACUACCUCGCUAUGAACGAGAGUGGUUCCAUGAGCCUUUAUUGCGCGUUUGUGAUCCUUGAGGUGAUCCUCAUAGCCUUGAGUGUCUUCUGGCAUUGGCAUCAUAAGGCCAAACCCGAAGAUAAAGCGUCGAAGCAUGAACCAACCGGAAUUUAUCAUUGGUUCCGAUCCAAUCCAGACGUGGAUUUCAUUCGGGACAGGAAGAUGAGUCAAGGAUGGUGUUUCCACAUUGGGCAGUCCCUGAUUUUGGCCAUUCUGGCCAUGACCACUCUGCGGAUGAAGUGUUUUUGGGGUCCAUAUAUUUGCAUCUUUGCAAGCGUGAUGGUUUGCCAUCCUGGUCUCUGGAGCUUUGUGGUCUCCAAACUUGGAGGAGGUCGAGGGAAUUGGAAACUCACAAAUUUACUGAGACACAUUAUCCUCGCUUCGUGCAUUUUCGCACUCUACUCCUCGUACAAAGGCCGUAUCCACGAGGAACUCGAAGACUUGAAAGAGUUUCACGAUCCAGACACGGUGGAACUAAUGGAAUGGAUCCCCAAGCAGACCCCGCCUAAUGCUGCGUUUACGGGAAGCAUGCAGCUUUUAGCGGGAGUCAAACUUUGUACCGGAAGGCCGCUCACAAAUCAUCCUCAUUUCGAGGACAAGGAACUCCGACAUCGCACCAAAGAGUUGUAUCAGAUCUAUGCCCGCAAGUCACCUGAAGAGGUUCACGACAUUCUCGUCAAGUACAACACAUCCUACAUCAUCCUGGAGGAUAGUAUUUGUCUGUCCAGAUCUGACAAGCGAUGCAAUCUCCCGACCACAAUGGACCUGACCAAUGGACAUAUUCCUGACGACGGGAUUCGAGACCCCGCCCAUUUGGUGCACGCCCCCCAUCGGCGGUUUUGCGAUGAGAUCCGCAAAGGUCAAGCUCCUUUCACGAGGUUUUUCAAGAAGGUGUUCGGAAAUCGGACAUUCCGCGUGUAUCAAGUGCUCCCGUGAUCACGAUAGUAUUGACACAUCACGACAAGUGAGACUUGUCACAUCAAAAUGUGCUGUGAUAAUGGCGCGGAUUUCUCCCACGGACUUGGUGCACUGCUUUUAGAGGUCAGCUCUCUUGACUGAUUUCUUCAUUUUCCCAGCAUUCGUACAUUCUUCGCAAACUCAAAACCAAUUCAUGUCUUCAUCGUAGUUCAUUUCUCGUCAUCAUCUUCACCGUGUUUGGCACUCUUAAAAACCAAGGAACCAACCAGAUCAUGGCUCGUAUAUUUGAUCGGCGUAUUAUGUUGGAAGAACCUCUCGAUCUUCGAAUUUGCCGUGAGAAUUUUCAUUCGAGUAUGUUUGAAAUGUUGCAUUAAAAAAGAGCUGUGUGAUAA